AUGGCGUCUAAACUGGUGAAUUCAAUACAAGACUUCGAAUGGUCAGCAGUACCAGUUCCAUCUAUUCAACAUGGAAUUUUCACCAUUUGCGGCAUCUUGGUAUUUACAACCAUCACUAUAAUCCUGAUGAAUGGUAUCUACAACCUAUACUUCCAUCCACUAGCCAAAUAUCCCGGUCCCAGACUAUGGGCAUUUACAAACUUCCCCAACAGUAUUGGCCGAAUUCAAGGCCUCAUGUAUCUCCGCCUGAAAAGCGCGCACGAAAAAUACGGCCCAAUUGUCCGUUCCGCCCCCAACGAGCUGUCAUUCAUCACACCCGAAGCAUGGACAGAUAUCUAUGCGAAAAAGCCCGGACGACCCGAAAUGCCCAAAGGAAAUUAUGUUCCUCAACCAGGUACAGAGAGUCUUUUCGAUCAUCCAGUUCACGAGGAGCAUCAACGAAUUCGCAAGUCUCUCCGAAAUGGAUUUACCGAGAAAGCGCAACGGGAACAGGAACCACGAGUUAGGCGAUUUAUGGAUCAGUUGAUGAAUAAUUUGAAAGAGAUUGCGAAAGAUGGUGGGGUCACAGAUAUCGCGAAAUGGAAUUAUUUGAUCGCGUAUGAUAUUGUUGCGGAUUUGUGUUUUGGGGAAAAUUUUAAGGGUGUGGAGAAGGGGGAGGAUCAUAAAUGGAUUGGCAUUGGUAUAAAUACGUCCACUGCUUUUACAGUUUUCCACGAAUCAAAGAGAAUCUGGCCCUUCAAUAAAAUUUUAACUUAUAUUCCCUAUCUGACCAAGGCCGUUUUGUUACGAAUGCAACAUGUAUUCUUCUUGAAUCAGCUAUUGGAAAAAAGAAGAAAGGCUAAAGAUACGGAACCAGAUUUCAUGACCCACGCUUUACCCUACCUCGACCGACCCGGUGGCAUCAACCUCAGCGAGCUCCAAAGAAGUCUGGAAAUCGUCGUGACCGCCGCCUCAGACACCACCGCCACACUUCCUAUCGGAGCUAUAUAUCAUCUUUGCAAAAAUCCAUCCAUAUACGCAAAACUCAAGCACGAGAUACGAAGUAGUUUCAAUUCUGAAGAUGAAAUCCAGAUAAGUAGUGUUUUCGAUAAACCAUAUUUAUUGGCGGUUCUCAAAGAAGCUUUGAGAAUGCAUCCUCCCGUUCCGGGAAAUCAUCCAAGAAGAGUCGGGAAAGAAGGUGCGACUAUUGCGGGGAAUUAUGUCCCCCCCAAUACGUUGGUUUCGUUUCCGCAUUGGGCGGGGUAUCAUUCGGAGAGGAAUUGGAAUAGGCCUGAUGACUUCGUACCCGAACGAUGGAUGGGUGCGCCUGAAUUCGAAACGGAUAAUAGAGCUUGUUUCAAGCCUUUCAGUCAUGGUCCCAGAGAGUGUAUGGGACAAAACGUCGCACAUGCCGUCACCAGAGUUUUAAUGGCUCGAUACAUCUACAACUUUGAUUUUGAAUUAGCUGAUCCCGAGGAUGGUUUAACAGAUGGUGCUAGAGUAAGACUAGUCUGGUCGCAUAAGCCGUUGCUCUUAAAAAUUCGUUCUGUGGGGAAGUAG